CUACGAGUCGGCCUACGAGGCGGACGUGACGCGCUACGGUGUCGUAGACGUUUCGAUGUUUGUGAUUGUAAAAUUAAUUGUGAGUGUAUAAAGGAUUAACGAUUGAACUGGUAUACGUAAAAAUACUAACAGUACACAUACUAUACAGUAAACCAGAUGCAGUGUAGAAACAGUGAGUAACGAACUAGAGUGAGGUAGUGAUAAAAUGUACUGUAUGAGGUGACUGAAUAGUUUGCGGAAUGAGGACGGAACGAUCCUGCUUUUGGUCGAUGCUGCAAGCGUUGGCUCUGUUGCCGACUAUGGCUCUAAGAGAUUCACACACGACGAAGAAGUUUUCCGAGGAGCCAGAGUUCGAGCGUCCAAUCGGCAACCACACGUUCUUCCUGGGACGGGAGGCUGUGCUCGGCUGCUCUGUACUCAACCUGGGGAAACAUAAAGUAGGAUGGUUACGAGCAGAAGACCAAACGGUCCUCACGAUGCACGAGCGAGCAGUCCUCGGAUCUCGAUACGCUGUAAGCCUCGACCCACCCAGGACCUGGCAGUUACGAAUACGUCCAUUGCGCGCUGAGGACCGAGGCUGUUACAUGUGCCAGAUAAACACGCAGCCUACUAUGACGUGGCAGAUCGGGUGCAUCGAUGUAUUUGUACCACCAGACAUAAUGAGUGACGAUACCUCCGGGGACGUUUCAGUCCAAGAGCUGGAGAAUGCGACCCUCACCUGCAAGGCUACUGGACAUCCUCCUCCGAAGAUCACGUGGAGGAGGGAGGACCAUGAACCCAUAUUGUUGAAGAAACCCAUGUCCAGGGAGUUUGAAAAAGUGGAAAGCUACGUCGGUUCUUCGAUGCCACUCUGGCGAGUCGACCGGCGGCAAAUGGGCGCGUUCCUCUGCAUAGCGUCCAACGACGUGCCACCAGCUGUGAGCAAGCGGAUCACGCUGAAUGUUAAUUUCGCGCCAACAGUAAAGGUCCCCAACCAGCUACUGGGCGCGCCUCUCGGCACGGACGUCAAACUGAAGUGCUAUGUGGAAGCGUAUCCUAAUACUAUCAAUUAUUGGAUCAAGAAUAGAGGAGAGAUGCUGUUGGAUGGGCCAAAAUACACAAUCAGAGAAGAGAAAUCCUCAUACAAGGUGUCCAUGUGGCUCACAAUCCGUCAGUUUUCCAAAAACGACAUCGGGACUUACAACUGUGUGAGCACUAACUCGCUUGGCAAGAGUGAAGGCACACUUAGGUUGUAUGAAAUUAAACUCAACUCACCGGAGGACUUCAGCAAUCAAAUAAGCGUGGCUGGAGGUCUAACCGAAGCCGCCAAAGCGAAUUCACAAGAAAAAUUACACAUAAAAAGGACAUUGUUAUUAAUAAUAAGUUGUGUAUAUUUGUACUUAUGGUAGGCAUGUGAUGUGUACAUAGUCGCGAGAGUUAUGCUUUAAAGUAAUUCGAUUACAUGUUUCAAUUCUGUAAAUAUUAAUAUUAUAAGGUUAUAAUUUUGUGUUAAAUAUCAUUGUUAUUUAGAGUACGUACCUAAUGUGGCAUGGUUUGCAGAUAAAUAUUAUAAAAACUUUUUGGAAUAGAACUCUAUUUUUAUUUUACUGGCUGGUUGUAAAAAAAAGAAAAAAAAAUGGAACGAAAGCAAUUGGCGCUCAUUUUGAAAAUCGAACGCGUCUGAGCGCGAUUAUUGGAAUGUACAGAUACAAUAUUCUUGUGUACUCUGUGAUAGUUACAUUUUAUUUGAAUUGUGUCUACUGUAAUAUAUUUUUGAUGUAAUCGAAACUCGUUGUAAUCUGCGAAGCCACGUUAGUAUGAACGAAUUUAAAAAUUUAAGCUCGUGUAAUGGAAGUUUCGCUUAGAACCGCCAAAAUAUGUUUACAUUUAAUUGUAAACUCAUCGCUCGAUUAUAAGACUGUUUACAACAAAUAAACUGAAAUUAUAAUUAUAA